AUGAUUUUGCAAGAAGUCGUUCUAUGUGCUACUGCACCCCAGGCCUCUGGUUCUGGCUCAGGCGCAAUCGUCCUCCAUGACAUACAGACCGGCACCUCCCUCGCAUCCUUCAAGCAAUCCAGCUCUACAUCGCACUGCACAUCAUUUGUCGAAACGCGCGAUGGCCAGGGAGGGUUCAUCCUUGCAGCACAACAAGACAAAUCCAUCCUAAAUGUCUACAAUUUUCAAAAGGACCAACUCGCUUUUAAAAUAGUCCUCCCUGAGAGGCUCUCGUGCAUUGCACUGGAUAAUUCAGGAAGCUUCUGUGCGGGAGGGACGGCCCAAGGUCGAAUAUAUCUGUGGGAGGUCGCGUCAGGCAUCUUGUACAACUCCUGGGAUGCCCACUAUCGCCACGUUAAUGUCCUCAAAUUUACUCAUGACGGCGCUGCCCUUGUCUCAGGCAGCGAUGACUCUGGUGUCAGUGUCUGGUCCGUGGCAAGACUUGUCGACAAUGACACGCAAAAUGAACUUCCGACGCCAUAUUGUACACUAUCAGACCACACCCUACCAGUAAAAGACAUCGUUUGCGGCCUUGGUGCAUUCCCUACAUGUCGCGUCCUCUCCGCAUCCCUCGAUCACAGCGUAAAGCUCUGGGACCUCUCUUCCCAGUCCUUGUUGACUACCUUUCACUUCCCGAAGUCCAUAUCAUCGGCGGUUUGGGACAUCACCGAGCGCUUGUUUUUCGCCGCCUCACCGGAUGGUUUCAUAUACCAAGUCAAUCUUUUCCGCCAGCGAACUGAAAAACACGCUGGUCAGACAAUUGAAGCCGUUGGAGGCGCAGGUGUCAGCGAUAUAAUCCGUGUCGCCGACGAAGAUAACAGUAGCAGUCGAAAACGACUUAUAUCAGUCGACCAACCCAUAACAUCUCUCACCAUCUCCCUCACUGGCUCGUUUCUUCUUGUGGGCACCGCCACGGGGCUCAUCCACCUCUACGACAUUGCCUCCCACCAGCUCCUUCGCACCAUCUCGACGCACAAGGGCAUGUCAAUAUCCCAUCUCGCAACCAUGCUCAAGCCGCCUGACCUCGUCGGGCAUGUUAGCCUGUCCCUCAACCUUGGAAGUUCCGCCGAUGCAAAGGACGUCAUUCCCAUGCGCCCUGUUGUACCGUUCCACCGCAUGAAGGAUUCUAAGGCAAGGGAGGCGCACGAAACAGUGAUGAUGCUUCCCGUGCAGGACGAAACCCCUGGAGGCAUACCAAGUGCUUAUAACUAUCCCGAAGGCGAGUUUCAACGAGACUACGCGUUUUUCGUACAACCCAACGCGAUGGGCACGUCGGAGGCGUCGAGUGCACGUGUCGCCGAGCUUGAAGCUGAGGUAGAGAAUUUGAGAGAACAACUUGGGAAGGCGAAGGGGAUUAACGACGUGAUGUGGGAGACUGUUGUGCAGAAGGUCAUGACACAGGAAAAACAAAAGGCAACCCUGGAAGGUCAGAUUGCUGCUGCGCCAGGUGAAGGCCAGGAUGAAGGUGACGUAGAGAGGCCGAGAAAGAAAGGUAAGAAGACAGAAGGCAAGAAGUAA